AUGGAAAGCUUUUGGCAGAAGCAAACCUGUGUGAUCACAUUCAUGAGACGGUUUGGAUGACCUUUCUGUCGACUGAGUGCAAAGCAACUCAGUCUGAUUAGGCCUCAGCUGGACGACAACAAUGUCCGCUUUGUAGGCAUCGGCUUGGAGGAAGUUGGUGUGGAGCAGUUUGUCCAGGGGGAGUUUUUCACUGGAGAGCUGUACAUCGACACGAAGAAACAAUGUUACAAAAACUUAGGAUUCAGGAGGUUGAACUUUUUUAGUGUUUUCCCUUCCAUGCUGUCCAAGUCCUCAAGAGAUAGUCUGAGAAAGGCCCAGCAAGAAAACGUAAAUGGAGAUUUUAGUGGUGAUGGUUUCCAAAAUGGUGGUACUCUAGUUGUAGCUCAAGGAGGAAAGGUUUUACUAUCAUACAAACAAGAAAAUCCCAGUGACCAUGUUGAUAACAGUGAGAUACUCAGAGUGCUUGGGAUGAAAACAAAGUCCUAGUCAUUAAUAUGUACACCUAGUCAGCCAUUUCAGAAUACAGUGUUUCCUUCCACUUCGAUCUCCGGUAUUUUUCUCCAAGAGUUCACUCAGGAACAUCCUCAAUUGUUUGAAAAUUGUUCAUUAUAGUAUAUUGUGUUUUUUAUGUGUGUAUAUCGUGUAGAUGUGUGGAUCAAGAAUUGUCUGUUCACUAUAGUAUAUUGUGUUUUUUAUGUAUGUAUAUCAUGUAGAUGUGUGGAUCAACAAUUGUCUGUUCAUUAUAGUAUAUUGUGUUUUUUAUGUAUGUAUAUCGUGUAGAUGUGUGGAUCAACAAUUGUCUGUUCAUUAUAGUAUAUUGUGUUUUUUAUGUAUGUAUAUCGUGUAGAUGUGUGGAUCAACAAUUGUCUGUUCAUUAUAGUAUAUUAUGUUUUUUAUGUAUGUAUAUCGUGUAGAUGUGUGGAUCAACAAUUGUCUGUUCAUCCUAGUGCUCAUGCAUGUAUAUUUGCUUGUGCUUGAUUCUAAUGUAAACUAUUUAAAAUAUGGCAUCUUUCAAUGUAGCACUUUUUAAAAAAUCUUUAAAAUGUUCGUAAAUUAGGGAAUAAUCAUCUUCUCAUUUGUUAUUUGCAACCGUUAAUGCUGAUUUAACAAACUGGGUUUUCCUGGAGACAUAUUAGUGGAGCCGGUAAAACGGAUUUUUGUGACUGUUAAAUGAGCAUUGAUGGUCACAAACAACAAAUAAGAAGACGGUUAUUCCCAUUCUAAUGCAAUUCAUGUAUUUUGGUUGACGUUUAUGUCUUAUUUUGUAGAGUUUUUUUUUUGUUACAUGAAAUACAACACGAAAUGUUUAUGCUUGACAUUAUGUAUUUGCAUAAUUUUAUUUUGACGUCACAAUGGAGAGCUUAAUUUCCAUCUUGUUAAUGCUCGUUUAAGAGCCUCAAACAUCAGUGCAUUAGCCAAUUAAAAAGCAUAUUACAAAAAGUUGCAUUAAAAUACAUGUGUAUUAAGAUUAACAUUGUGAUAUGAUUGAAAAAGCAUGCUUGCUCUCAUGAUGGUUCAUGAUUGCUGGUCAGUUAGCAGUGCUGCUUUUAUUAAAAAGGCUGUACAUAUUUAUAAUGUUUAAAACUUGGAAUAUUGUUCAAGAUAUACUUUGAAAUUAAAAAGUUGGUAUGUGUUAUUUAGAAUCAAGAAAUUAUUUAAUUUUUAGACAUGCAUGCUUUCCAGUAAUACUAGACAAAGAAGUCCCUUGAAAUUCUAAUGUGUAGGUUUACACAACGUUGAAGUUUCUUUACAAACAAUAUGAAUGAUAACACAUGCACCUCCAAUAAUGUGCAUUUGCUAUUUAAAUGCAUAUAACGUUUUGUAUUUCAAGUGAAUGCAUAUAAUCUGAAUGUUCAAAAUUUUAAGAAAUGUAGAUAAACAUAAGGACCCCUUACCUUUAUAAUAAUAGUUGUACUCACUUGUAUUAGAUUUAGGGAAAUCUUGUUGUUAAUUGAAGUAUGAUUUUUAUUUCUUGAAAAACAUGUUUUUCUUAAGUUUGAUGAUAUUUAGAGUUUAUUGGCAGUAAAUGUGAAAAAACUCUCAAAUGAUGUGUGAUUUUUUUCUUUCGAAAAACGUGGUUUUUUUUUUAGCUUGAUUAAAUAUUUAAAGUUUAUGAUUGUCAGUAAAUGUGUUAUAAAUGUGGGAGCACCAUGUAAUGCAUGUUUUCGUUAAAUAUUUUUAUUGGAAACAGCUAGGACACCAAGUAACAAGUGGUAGAGAGAUCCUCAUGACUGACCUUAUAGGGCAUUAUAACCAUUGAUAGCUAUACACCCAAAAGUUCUGAAAAUGUACUGCUGUAAUUAGAAUUUUUAUAUUCAAAUGCAUGUCAUUGUGAUCUUUUACCAGCAACUGCAUUUUCUUCUGUAUGAUCAAGCUGUGUUUUAAAAACUGCUGUGAUGUAACUUUAACCUGUGAAACAUUUAUCCCAUAAUUUUUGGAAUGAUCAUUAUGUAACUCAUUUUGUCAAGAAUAUUGUGUUUGUAUAUGCUUAAGAAAUUAUGAGAAGGGUUGUUGAAACACAGUGUAUACAAAUUAGAAUAAUUUCUGAAGCACCGUGAUUUCUCAACCAGUCGCUCUCUGAAUUUUAUGACUUUCAACCUAUGUCACGAUAAUCAAAAUGUCAUUUAAUUUUGUCAUCAAUGGAAUUUUAGGUGACCUGAUUGAUUCACGUGACCUACUGCUAUACAUGCCUAUGCAAUAUCUGUGCCGACACUAUUAUGUAAGUUGACUGAAUUCAAGUGUCAGCUAUUGUGACACAUUUUGUCAGCCAUCAGAUUCAGCAAGUCACAAAUUCAGAGUGGUUAGCCUGAAAGUUAGCUGCUGAACCAUAGCUCUCUGGGAAAAAAUUGAAAGUAACAGCAACCUAAUAUGACUACGUAGACAGUCGACGUUAUUGAAGCUCGAGUUUUCAAUUCGAAUGGACGCUUUCGUAAAUUUUUGAAGGAAGUGUCACCAAAGGGAGAUGUUGGGAAUUUUUUUAAUACUAAUUUUUUUUAGACGGUAAUGUAAAAGGGGCCGAAAACGUGCACCAAAAAAGUUGCAUUGUAAAAGCUGUCUUUUCUAUAUCAAUAUUUUCCCAGAGAGCUACAGUUCUGCAGCUAUACUUAAAAGAGGCUCAUGAAAAAGUAAUCAGACUGCUGAUUAAAAUACUAGUGCUAAUAAAUUCUGGUAUAUAUAUAUAUAUAUAUAACUACAUCUCAGGUAAUUUUUUGUUGCAUUUAGCCAUCCAUUUUGUUUAUUGUUUUUGUCAUGACUUUAUUGUAGAUGUGAAAAUAUAUGCAGAUUCAUGGGAUUGUAUGUGCAUUAAUUCUGCUAUCUCUUUAUGAAAUGCAAUACAAAAGCAACAAUUACAUAUACAUGGAGGGGUGGGGAUUUUUGUAACUUCCUCUCUCUUGUGUUAAGUUUAAAAUUACCACCACACAUGUAUUUUCACAUUUACAGUACUACAUAUUAAUGUUCACAUUUACAAUAGUUUAAAUCAGGUACUUGUAUACAUGUUCACACUGCUGAUGAUAAAAUAUUCACACUCAUGAAACGGAGCACGGAAAUUUUUAUACUGUGUUCAGUGGAAAUAUUUGUGUAAUACUUAAUUUCUAUCUGUGUGUUACAUGAACCAACAUACAAGUUAAUAAACUGCCUAAAAUAUUACAGCUGUUUCAAAGUUUCUUUUUACCCCCACAAUAUAAAGUUUUUAGAUUACCUGAGCUGAAGGAUCAAGUGAGCUUUUCUGAUCAAAAUUUGUUCAUUGUCUGUCGGUGUCGACGUAAACUUUUCACAUUUUCAUCUUCUUCAGAACCAAUGGGCCAAUUUCAGCCAAACUUGGCACAAAGCAUCGUUGGGUGAAGGGCUUUCAAGUUUGUUCAAAUGAAGGGCUAUGUCCCCUUCAAAGAGGAGAUAAUCACAAAAAUAGGGUGGGGUAAUGUAAAAAUCUUUUCAAGAACCACUGAACCAGAGGAGCUGAAAUUUACAUGAAAGCUUUCAGACAUAGUGCAGACUCAAGUUUGUUAAAAUCAUAACCCCCUGGGAGUAGGAUGGUGCCACAAUAGGGGAUCAAAGUUUUACAUGCUAAUAUAUAGGGAAAAUCUUUUUUAAAAAUCUUCUCGAGAAACACUGGGCCAAAAAAGCUGAGAUUUAUAUAAAAGCUUCCUGACAUAGUGCAGAUUCAAGUUUGUUAAAAUCAUGGCCCCCGACGGUAGGAUGGAUGGGGCCACAAUAGGGGAUCAAAGUUUUACAAACUAAUAUAUAGAAAAAAAUCCUCUUCUCAAGAACCAUUGGGCCAAAGUAGUUUACAUUUGCAUGAAAGCUUCCUGACAGUGACAUAAUGCAGAUUCAAGUUUGUCAAAAUCAUGGCCCCCGGGGGUAGGAUGUGGCCACAAUAGAGAAUCAAAGUUUUACAUACCAAUAUAUAGAGAAAAUCUUCUUCUCAAGAACCAUUGGGUCAAAGAAGUUUACAUUUACAUGAAAGUUUAUUGACAUAGUGCUGAUUCAAGUUUAUAAAAUCCAUGGCCCCCAGGGGUAGGUAGGGACCACAAUAGGGAUCAAAGUUCUAAACAGCGGGGUUAAGGUGUCCCGAGUAAAAUAAUAAGUAAUAACAGUAUAUUCAUAUAAAAGUAGAAUUCUUUCAAGCGUAGCAUAUUUUUAGUAAAAAUCGUUUGUCAAUACAUAAACAAACAUCGUAUCACGUGGGGGAAUCCUUUGCUUAACUAUUACGUCGUCAUACAAGUGACAUAGAGCUAUUUUUAUCUGCUAGACUUUUAGUUGUUUAUCACCUCGGUACAGGUGAAAGAUGCACUCAAAUCAUUUGCAGUUUGGGCUUGAUAUGUCGACAUUGAUAUGGUAAAUUUAAAUAGUGAUACGGAUCGGUACAGUAUCCUCUCAAAUAUAGCAAUUUCCAUAAUCUCAACUCAAAUGUUGGGCAUUUUCUACAUUCAAGUCUAAAUCGUAUCUAAACGAGGCAAAAUAUUGUACCUUCCGUAUCAAAAUCCUAAUUCUGCAACUAGUUGCCUUUCUGAAUGUGCCUUGAUCGAAAUAAAAUUUCGUCAUCUUUCACCUGUAUCGAGUCGAUAUGUACAUGCGUUGGUUUUCUUUAUUCCAAAUGACUAUACACAUCGGGGGCGAUAUCAAGGUCACAAAGUGAUGUAAAGAUUAUUUUACAGUCUUUCGUGCACAUACUAUAUAUAAAAUUAUGAGAUUUACAUAUUAUCGAAGAAAACUGCGGAAAAAAAUCAUCUGACAAACAGAUUUAAACACAUACAGCUUGUACACUAGAUAACGGCAAUAAAUAGCGAGAAAAUAUUAUGACAUUUUCCCCGCGAUACAACUAUAGACCUGUACGUCGUGACGUCAUAUAGUAUGAAGUGCACCGAGGUACAUUUUAUGUUUGUUUUAACUUUACUCGGGACACCUUAACCCUGCUGCGUACAUGUGAAUAUAUAGGGAAAAUAUUUAGAUAUGGGCCAAGAUGACUCAGGUGAGUGAUGUGACCCUUGGGCCUCUUGUUUUUUCCCCAUGAUAUAUUUUGGGAAUAAUGUCUGAAAAACAGUGGAAGCUUGGGGGGCAACUUAGAUGUAUAUAUGAUUGGUGAAGUGAAUUAUGUAGAAAUUAACCCAUGCUUCUAUUGUAUUCACAUUCCCCUAAUUCAAACACAGUAUUUUUUACAUUUGUACUUUGUAGUUUAACUUGUUUCGUUGGAAUCGGAAAGUCACACAGAUGUUCACAACAAAAGAUUUCGGCUCUUUGUUUCCACCUUUUCUAAAGGGACUGGGUCCACAUUUUUUGGAAAAAACUAUUUUUCAUAUUUUAUGUUAGAAAAUAACUCAUUUAAUGUUGACAACCAAUAUUUGGACCUUCUGAAUGCAAGGAUAAGAGCAAUAUUUUAACCUUAACUCUGUGCUAUGUAAACAAAGACUCGAGCCUUUUUGUUUACAAACAAAGAAAAGAAAUGAGGAUAAGAGCAAUAUUUUAACCUUAACUCUGUGCUAUGUAAACAAAGACUCGAGCCUUUUUGUUUACAAACAAAGAAAUGUUAAUUUUGUAAUUUAAAGCAUCUUAAUUUUGUACAGUCACAAAUUCAAUUUUUAAAUGGCAUAUUUUACCUAAAGUUUACUUGAAUGUGAUAUAUAUACAAUGUAAUGAACCUGGAUCGAUAUCCAUGUGUUUUGAAAACUUUGUAAAACAACAUGCCGCAGUCUUUGAGCUCCUAUCAUGAAAUUUAACCGUAAUUUUUGGGUUAAAAACACUUUAAACACAUUUGACUGUAGAUUUUGAUUAUUUAAAGUGAAAAACAAAAUUUGGGGGGCAAUCAUAAAUCAGUCCCUUUAAUUGUCUUCUCUUGAAUUCAUAUAUCAUUAGGGAUGCCCUAGUUUUGUCAGAUUUUUCCAAAGAAGUUGGAAUUGAAGUCAUGCAGACUUCACCUCAGCCGGUAUCCUCACAACGUCAGGGGUCCGAAAUUGACUCCUGGCUGUGAGACCUGACAAACUUUAUCAUUCCGGGCUGAUUGUCACGAUGUCUGGUGGGAAUGAUGUAAUUCUUUUUUGUAUUGACCAAGUGAACUCUGAACCCCACACGUUGUGAAGAUGCCAGCCAGUGUUAGAGCUAAAAACUGUUCCCAGCUUUCAGUUUUACAGACCCAUCUUUUGCAGUGAUGAUACUUCUGAACUUUGAACUGUGCCUUCAAAUUUCCCCGUAUUCUGUAAUACAUGUACUCUUAAACUUUUCCUCUCUGCUCCGAUUUCAAAACAUAGCACUCCAAUGCAUGUUCAACUUUAUUCAAGGAAAAAUACACACACAAGGAGAAAACAUCAACAAUGGUGUACUGAGUUUUCUACUGAACAAUGAUUUAUUUCUAUACAGUGUAUACUACAUUCUACCAAAAAGAAAAUGCACAGGAUACUUGUUUUACCAAUCGUUAUUGAGCUUUUAAAAUCUCGUUUCAAAUACAUAUAUAUCUAGGAGACAAAUAAAUCAUGAGCUAAUUGUAGCAGACAGGAGAUAAAUGUAAAAAUGUGUUUGAGCUUGUUGUAGCAAGCUAAGUCAUCAGUUCAAAGUUCCCAGUGUUCAAAAUUUGAAGGAAUGUUCACAUGCAGGAAUGUUAAACACUUGUAUGAAGCUACAGCACUAUGAAAGCCAGUUAUUCAACAUCUCUGCUGUAAGCAAAAAAUCCUACCAAACAGAAAACUAACUACAUGUAUAUUGGAAUCAAAAUAUAUUACCGCAUAAGUGGAAUUUUUAGUGAUAUGUUCAUAAAUCACGAGUAUAUAUAUUUAGCGGGAGCUAAUUUUAGUGACUUUAUCAUUCUAAGAAAGAUAGUUAUUACCUCUGAUAUUGAAUAAAUAUUGGCGAUAUUCAAUGCUAGCGAUCGCAACACUGUUGCUAAUAAUGCAAAAAUUAAAUCCUCGCUAAAAAUUCUGCUUAUAUGGUAAUAAGAACACAUAUACGUGAAUUCCGGCUGGGCCUGCACUUUUCCUCAGGUUUCUAAUAUUUAGCAGUUUUCCAUUCAAAAUACAGAAAUA